AUGGACGCCUCCGGCGACGUGGACAUGGGCGCGGGGCGGGAGGCUGUGGGGGGGGAGGACCCACAGAUGGAAAAGGAGCGAGAGAAACACAGGCGCAGGGCUCAGCGGUUCGGCACUGAAUAUGUCGAUCCCGCCAAACGCUCCGACACAAAGAAAAAGAACAAAACAGGAAACCAGAAGCAAAAGAAAGAAAAAGGAAACAAGGGCAAAAACUGGCCUGCAGGGGCGCGUGGCGGUGCCAACGCUUCUCAGGUGCAAAUCAGCGCUGAGGAGCUAGAGGCCCGGAAAAGAAGAGCUGAAAAAUUUGGGCCGGUGCAAGACAUGCAACCGGCAUUAAAGAAGCUCAAGCUCAUCAACAGGCCUUUCCCUGAACGUCUGCUGCUCGAGGGCCGAAUCGAUGCAGAUCCAAGCUUUCCUCGAAGACUUGACACUGUCCACAUGUAUGGGGUAGAUCUCAUGAAUUCAAAAGAUGUACUCCGGUACUUUACAGACUACGGACCGAAGUAUGUGGAAUGGAUCAACGAUUCCUCUUGCAAUAUUGUCUUUGGCGACGGUGGCAGUGCAAUGCAUGCUAUUUUGGGGAUGGGCACGGCUGUGUCAGUGCCAAAAGCAGGUGCUAGCUGCCAACCCACUGAGCCUCAAGGCCAAGCAGCUGCAUCUACAGGCCUAAGGCCACAGUCGGAAAGUGUGAUUGCAGAGACUGAUGGAUCAAAAAUGGACACUGAUGAUUCAAAAGGCGAAACCAGUGGUACCAAUACUCCCCCUGAUCCCAGCUACAUCGGGAUGUAUGAAUGGCAUCGUGGUCCUCCAUUCAUCAAGUCAAAGGAAGCACCUGCCAUUCAUCUCAUGUUCCGCAUGGCCACCACUGAGGAUCGCAAGCAGGAUGCACCCAAGCAGACUCGAAAGCUUUGGCGGCUACCCAUGUCGAAGGCUACUCGCAUUCAAAAGUGGGAUGCAACUGAGGGUGGAAGGGCACAGCAGCAGAAAAGUGAAGGUCAGGAGAAGAAGCCAGAUGCAACAGCAAGCUCUAAGAAGAAUUUGAGGAAGAGGCAACGACGGAAAGCUCAAAAGGACAAAGAAGCAGCGGGCCAGCCAAAGACUGGCAACAUCAAUGGGAGCGACGAAGGGCAAACUGUGGAUGACUUGCGUGACCUUAUCACACGGCUCCAGUUGAGCCCACCAUCAGGAAAAGAUGGGCGAAAUCCAUCCUCACCAUCAAAAACGAAUGGGGCGCAUGCAAAUGAUGCAUUCACGAUGGGUGCUGCAAAUAAUGAACCACUUUCGGGCAGUGGAAAUGUGGGAGAAGCUGAGAAAUUGCUGUCCUGCCAAGGUGAACCUGUUCCGAUGGAAAAUUGA